CCUCAAGGAUUGAAGUUAAAUUUCGGUUACUACCGCACAUCCACACUGGACGUAAUGRAGUGGUAAUCGGUAAUCGGCUACGAAUACUUAACAAGGCUGGGAAAAAACUACAGUACUSUCGCUUGGAUUGCGAAAGAAAGGCCCCUGUGUGUCUUUGUUGUAGUUGUAGGGAAGCAGAAAGCUGGGAAACGCCAAAUAGUACCACCAAAGCAAAGGAAAACGACGCGAGUUGAAACUACUCGRAACUAGACGCAACGCAUCAGCAUGACCCCCCAAGGAGUCGGAAGCGGCUUCCAACGGCGGGKGAUCGCAAACAGCAGGAGAAUCGAAUCCAUCGUGCGCGGGGACAGCAUCGAAAACGGCAACGGGGGCCGGGAAGAGAGCAACAACGACGUCGAAUACAGCAACAACUACAAGCGCGGAUACCCCAUGGAGUAUGGCCCAAUCUACUACGCGGCCGCCACCAUUCUACUGGAUUGCUCCAAGAGGAAGGGAUUUACGGCUCCGAAGGCCAUGCGACUGGUGGGAUUCUCGCAGGAAGACUGCAAGAGCCGCAGCAUACGAAAGAGGGUGGGCCGGGUCCGGGAUCGGAUGGAAAAGCGACGGGUUGCCGCCCGGACCGCCCGCCAAAAGCGGCUGCUCAAACUCUACGAGAAGCGGAUGAGGCCGGUCCURGCAUCGCUUUCGAAUGAGGAAGGCCAAGGGGACGCUGGCGGAGACGACUCCGAUACGAACCAMGAAACYAAAAAGAAAAACAAUGGCGGCGAGAACACCGCUGCCCCGGUUCCGGAACUGGYCCGGGAAAAGGUCCGCGUGUAUUGCGAACGAAUGCAACGGCUGGGACAGGCGGGCAACGCGGAAGCGGAGGGGAUUCUGAAGGAAUGGGAGGAGCGGCUAGCCGACUCGGAACGUCGGAGGUCCCCAAGGUUGCUCUCCCAGCCACGGGCCACCACCAAGUAGUGCUAUUGCAACACCAAGCAAACUCCCGUGGCAAGACGGAACCCAGCCCAACGAAUACUUUCGAAUCAAUACUCACCACACUGCGACGCUCGUGACUCGUUCACAUCCCAGCAAUUGCAGACGGCWAAACACAGCAAACAGUUUUGUUGUUUAGAAGGUUCAAUAGAAUAGUAGCAAACAAAACGACGCRUCCUCUGCAGCGAUCCGAGCGAGGCAUUCGUCACAACCGCUGGCGUKUUCGUUGUUCAGUUCUGUCCUGUUCUAUUCUAUUCUAUUCUAUUCGUUCAUUCCAACGGGUCACUUUGAUGAAUGGCCAUCGAGUGGCACMUGGCACAAAAUUUCUACUCCCAUGACAAAAUUUGAUCCAAGAGCAAUCGAAGAGGACCUGUGCGUGUCGUACAAAAUACGUGCCAGGAAGGAAUUGGACCUAUGGAAUCAUUUUUGGAGAGAUAAGAACGCAACCAGGCUCGUUUCUUUCAUACCGUAAAGUAUUUGGGUUCAGAACUAGUGGAUUAUGGAAUUAAAAUAGAAUCAUUAGU